CGUUUUGUUACAAGUGACGAAGGCAAAAUGUCUCGACUUGCAUCCAUCAUCGCCAAUCCAAACGGUCUCGUUAUCUUGCAGUCAUCGGUGUCCCAGACGUGUUUGCCCAUCUUGCGGCAGGUCCUCAAACCAACGAGACUACCACCGCCGCAGACUCUCUUAUUCUCCUUCCUUUACCCCCCCUCUUCGUUGAUCGGGAGUUUAGCAUCAGAUGCAUCUCUUAUUAGCGUCUUCGAUUAUACCGAACGUAUCCCCGGAUACGAUACGUGGACAGACUCGCAGCAAGAUAUUCUUAAUGCUAUCAAGGCAGCACCUCCUGGUUCACUCAGGGUGGUCAUCGAUUCCGUGGACACGCUUGCAUCAGACAUCUCGUCCGACUCGCAGACGUUCAAAUUCAUAAAGACAAUCUUCAAUUUAAUCUCUUCCCGUCCGCAGCCCUCCGUCCUCGUGCUCCAUCUCCUGUCUUGUUCUCUCCUGUCCCUUCUAACGCAGACGGCAUUGUCACCCACACUAACGCACGUCAUCGCGCACCCCCCAGUGUUGAUUGAGCACCUCAUAACGGCAUACUCUACGCCCCCACCUCCAGCGGGACCAGCAGAGAAGUUCUGGAGUGUCUUCAUACCUAUCUCUGAGCGUGCUCCUGAGAGCCAGCGACUCGUGUAUGGCCCUGAUGGAACGGGUGCAUGUACGGGAGCUGGGGAUGAUGCGAAAGAGUUUAUUGUCGAGUUGAUCAUCAGAGGAGUAGGCAUCGAAGGUGGGAAGCGUACUACCGAGAGAAUGCUGGAAGGAUGGAAUGGAGAGGCUGCAGAAUCCCCCGAGAAGUUAGGGAGCUUAAAGGCCCUCUUGUCUCGGAAAAAGGUUGACGAGAAACCGCUUGACCCCAUGCAAAGCGUGUCUUUCAAUCUCCAUCUUACAGCGUCUCAGGAAGAGUCACGCGGACGAGUACCCCUUCCAUAUGCCCAUCAACUGUCGGCAACAUGUUCGACUAUUUAUUAUGAACCGGAUUCCGCUGAUGACAUCGACGAUGAUGAUCCCGACGAAGACCUGGAUAUUUAGACAGGGUCGUGACACUCUGAAAUGCGUAUAUAUAUGAUCAAGCAGCGAUAGCUGCAAUUUAAGUUCGCGAAAAGAAAUCCCCAUUGAGCGUAAGAGUGGUAUCGAAUUUGAGUGGAGUGUCACCGCGUGCAGAGAGCUAAGGAAGUGAACGCUUGGUAUUCUAAGGCGCACUAUUUGAUCCUCUUAAGCUAGACAGGGCAUCAGCGUGUUUCAAAGCGUUUAUGUGAGGCCACACACCCUUUCGGUCUG